GGGGGGUAUUUAUUUUUUUUCAUGCGCGUGAACUCGUUUCCACAUAUUGAAAUGCGCGGACCGCGUCAGGUGACCGUGUGGCCGCUCCUGCUGGCUCUGUUCGCGCCUUCCCUGGUCUCCUCCAUCUCAGUGAAUACCCCGGCAGAGCUCCACGCGUCCAAAGGGGACACCGUCACGCUGUCCUGCACUUUCACCUCCACCAGCACGCCGACCAGCAAGAUGAGGGUCGACUGGUCCUACAGGCCGCAGAGCGGAGGGACUCCGGGCUCGCUCUUCCACUUCUCGUCUCGGGCCUUACCUCCCAUCGGAGGUCAGUUCCAGGGUCGCAUCCAGUGGCGGGGCGUCCCGGCCCGCGGGGACGCGUCCAUCGCCCUGGUCAACGCCACGCUGAGCGAUAACGGGACCUACACCUGCUCCGUCAGGAACCCGCCCGACGUGCACGGGUCGCCCACCUCGCACACGGUGCUCACUGUCACGCCCAGAGUGGCCAGCGUCCGCUUCUCCGACGUGGCGGUCCUCCUGGCGUUCGUCCUUCUCCCCUCCACUAUCAUCACCUUCAUUCUGAUUGGACGGAUGCUCUGUCCCAAGAAGCGGCACGACCAAUCGAAGGCCUGCAGGUCGCCCAUAGAGGUCACAGAGGGAGAGGAGUAUGGCGUCUACCCAGCGGGGGCCAAAGCGAGGAGGGCCGCGUGCUGUGACCUCUAUAUGAUGGACACGGCGGACGAAGACGGGUAUUACGACCUGAAAAAGAGGCCUCCUGCGGAUGAGGGGUACGCCGAGUCUCAGUGCUAGAGGCCCCCUGCUGGUCGGGAGCCGUAACUGCACACGGAGCCUCACAAGUGGGAGGUACCGGGUGUCGCCUUUGCCACUUCCCCAGACACCUUGGCGGUGGUUACUUCUGGGGCGGAUCUCUUUUGGAAGAACAACUUGGAAAUGAUGCAUCUCCAGCAUUAAAUUCACACUAAACGUUAUGCGAAUCAUUUAAAACCCCUCUUGACGAGCAGCUUCUACAUUUUCUAGGCCGAGCCAGAGGUCUUAAUUCCUACAUUUUUACAGCUUGUAGUCUUGAUGAGAUAUUAUCGGUUUACUCUGUACAGGUAAGCUGAGCCUCCGCAUGCAAACAAACACACAGAUGAGCGCAAUGUGUGCUUUUAUAUCCUGAGGAUUUGUAUCUGUCACUUGCUUGUAAAGGAGGUGGAUGAGUUUUUGUCUUAAUUUAUUGCCUGUGUCAUGGUGAAAAAUGGCCGAUGCCUUCUGUUGAGUCGCAGUGGAACAUUUCUGUUAGAUAUAUAUAUUCGUAUUAUUUUGGACAGAAAACCAAUGGUUUAGUUUAGUUUUAUGCCAUAUGUUGUACAUAUAGGAAUUUUUUCAUAAUGAGUUAAUAAAGAUUCUUUGCACCUGUGUGAGCAAAGCGUGUAGCACGUUGCCACCCUUUUCUCCCCUGCUCGCUCUCUCUGUUCGGUAUUUUGCACUAUUCAUGAACGCUCUUGAAUAUUCCCUUGAAACUCAUCGGGACGGGCCGGAGUCUCGGAGCUUCGCUCACAAUUGCGGCAGCAUCUGCUUUGUCCGCGCAGUCGCUGCGCUCUCGAGACAUGAAAGAAAACCAAUAAAAACCCUCAAACGAA